AUGCAACAGAAGUACACUCGCGGGCGUGAAGAACUGUAUAAGAAGCGAAGGAGACGAGAAAAAUACCUACAUAAAAGAAAUAAAAGAUCGCAUGAAGAGCAACAACUGCGUGAGACUGCAUCUAGUUACACACAAAAGGAAACUAGAAACUUCUACAACCAAGUGAAUACGGGACGGAAAGAAUUCAAACCCAGAACCACGGCGUGUAGAAGUAAGAAUGGACAGCUACUUAAUGAUAAAGAUGAGAUCGUUCAAAGAUGGGCUGAAUACUUUCGUGAACUCCUUAACAGUUCAGUGCAGACUCGUCCACUUUCUGUACCAGUACCUGAAGUUCUAGUAAACAAUCAACAGACUGAUGAAUCUUUGUACCCCACUAUAGAAGAUACUAUACGACCCACUCAAUCCAUUAAAAAUAACAAAUCUCCGGGAAUGAACGACAUCCAAGGCGAGCUUAUAAAGUAUGCCGGAACUGGUUUCGAGAAAGAGUUUCACCACCUGGUGCUCCAAAUUUGGAACAAUGAAAAAAUGCCUGAUUAUUGGAAUACAUCUGUUAUCUGUCCCCUACAUAAGAAAGGCAACAUAUUGGAGUGCAAUAAUUACCGAGGCAUAUCUCUCUUGAACACCGGUUAUAAAUUUUUUGCCAAUAUGCUUUUUAAUAAACUAAAGCCAUAUGUAGAAACCAGAUUGGGAGAGUUUCAUUGUGGGUUCCGUCUAAACAGGUCCACAGUAGACCAAAUCUUCUCGCUUAGGCAGAUCCUUGAAAAAACGUUUGAGUACAACGUAAACACUCACAAUCUUUUCGUAGACUUUAAGGCUGCCUAUGACAAUGUGCACAGAAGUUUCCUGUACCAGGCUAUGAUGGAGAUUGGCAUCCCAACAAAGCUCGUGCGCCUGAUGGAGAUGAAUCUUAGAAACUCUCAGAGCGUUUUUAGAGUUCAAACAGAUGUAUUAAAAUCCUUCAGAACCAGUGACGGCUUAAGACAAGGGGAUGCGCUCUUGUGCCUACUGUUCAACAUCGCUCUCGACAAGUGUAUUCGCGACUCAAAGACCGAGACCAAAGGCACUAUCUACCAUAAAUUCGUUCAAAUUCUAGGGUAUGCGGAUGACCUCGACGUGAUAGGAAGAUCUCUACCUGCAAUGGAGAGUGCAUACCUUGCUCCUAAAAAAUCAGCUGCGGAGGCUGCUUUCCAAGUAAACAUGGCUAAGACUAAGUACCUGCAAGCGUCAAAAGACCAGCAAACUCUACUACAAGGAGGUAAUAUUGGCAACAACACCUUCGCUAGCGUUAAUGAUUUCGUAUACCUGGGAUCCUUAGUAACCGAUAACAACGAUUUGUCUUCAGAAAUAAGUAGGAGAAUAAUGGCGGCUAACAAGUGCUACUUCGGACUACUAGAAUACUUACUUUCGAAAUUUCUUUCAAGAAGCCUAAAACUUCUCUUGUACAAAACUUUACUAAGACCCAUACUCACCUACGGUUCCGAAUGUUGGGUGCUGAGCAAAAAAGACGAAAAUUUCUUAUUGGUAUUUGAGCGGAAAAUACUAAGACGCAUUUUCGGAGCUGUGAUGGAAAAUGACAGAUGGCGUACGCGUUAUAACCACGAGCUAUACCAAAUGUACGAGGAGCCAAACGUAAUUAAGAACAUAAAGAUCGGGCCCUGCGUUGGGCAGGGCACGUGUUGCGAAUGGACGAGGCCAGAGUACCCAAACGCCUUUUAG